AGAUAAAUAGAUGUCUCUCUCUAGCUUACUAUUUAGCUGGCUCUUUUUGCCUGCUUCUGCGUCUGCGUCUGCGUUUUUAUCUUAUUCUGUGUGUGCUUACACCGCUCGUUCGCCCCCUGGAUGCGCAUUCUUUCUUCCUUUCUUUUAUUCUUUUAUUCUUUUGUUGCGGCGGCGCCUUGGCGGAAUCGAUUUGGAUAGCCUCACGUUGAACUAUGUAUUGGUUGUCCUAAGCUCUAGAGUGGAGAUAGGUUGGCUAUUUGUGUGCACAAACUACGUCCUCAUCGACGGCGUUGCACCCAGACAAAGGGACGUCUAAAACAGAGCCGUUCGGUAAUACGUCGGUUGUUUC